CUGUCAUUUGGCGGACGGGACGGCGGGAAACAUGGCCAUAAGAUGAUGAUCAACUUGAAGGAAAAGAAACACACUGACAAUUUCUUACAUCUCAGCUCUCUAUAAAUCUCAAGACCUGCUGCGCUACAACACCGUGAAUUCGAAGCAGACGCAGCAAUCGAUCGCAAAACUCGGAUCCAAACACACAGCAAUGGAAGGCGGCGGCAAGCAUUUCCUCCUGGUGCACGGCCUCUGCCACGGCGCGUGGUGCUGGUACAAGGUGGUCGCCUCGCUCCAGGCCGCGGGGCACCGCGUCACCGCGCUCGACCUCGCCGCGUCGGGCGCCCACCCGGCGCGCCUCGACGAGGUGUGCUCCUUCGAGGAGUACUCGCGCCCGCUGCUCGACGCUGUCGCCGCCGCACCGGACGGCGAGAGGCUGGUCCUCGUGGGCCACAGCCACGGCGGGCUCAGCCUCGCGCUCGCCAUGGAAAGGUUCCCGCGCAAGAUCGCCGCGGCCGUGUUCGUGGCCGCGGCGUUGCCGUGCGUUGGCAAGCACAUGGGCGUCACGACCGAGGAGUUCAUGAGAAGAACUGCUUCAGAAGGACUCAUGGACUGCGAAAUGGUCGCCAUUAACAACAACAGCCAAGGUGUAGGACAAGGAGUAGCAAUCCGGAUGGGUCCAAGGUUCAUGGCAGAAAAGUAUUACCAGCAAAGUCCAGCUGAGGAUUUGACCCUGGCGGGAAUGCUGGUGAAGCCUGGCAACCAGUUCAUGGGCGAUCCACUGAUGAAGGACGAGACGCUGCUCACGGAUGGCAACUACGGGUCGGUGAAGAAGGUGUACGUGAUCGCCAAGGCCGACGGCUCCAGCACCGAGGAGAUGCAGCGCUGGAUGGUCGCGAUGAGCCCCGGCACUGAAGUCGAGGAGAUCGCCGAAGCCGACCACGCCGUCAUGAGCUCCAAGCCCAGGGAACUCUGCGAUGUCCUGGUCAAGAUAGCCGACAAAUACGACUAGAAUCGGAGAAAUAAAUACUGGUGCUUGUAGUAUAUAUAUAGAUAUGUAUGUCGUGAACUAUACAAGCUCGCACGCUGAGCAUUGGUGUGGAAAUAAAAUACUCAAGUUUCGUUCGAAUU